UCUGAUUUUACCCAUUGCUCACGAACGCGGCGCACCAGGCAAGUCGUUAUACUUCUCUCCGCGCGUGAUGAGAACAAGAAGCAAGCCUUGUGACUUCUCCGAUGAGUUGUUAAAUUCGUUAUAACUACCAACCUUCCGUUCACAGAGCGAGCGCUGGGUCGCUCUCUUGCCAUUGCCGGCUGCGGAUUCUCCCUCUUGAAUGCUAAUUCAAAGAGCACAACAUUUUUAAUGCAAUUCACCUCUUUCCAUUUCUGCUACGCCUUCCGCACAAUGAAUCUGCCACAAAGCAUCGUAUAAAUACUCACUGUUUCUUUGUAUUUCCAGAGAGAAUAGGCUGAGGCGAAUGAGAGUGAUCGUUUGGUUCAGACCUGCUUCACUUUACCGCGUGUCUCGAAGAACUCUGGAUCAAUCAUGUUGGAGAAACAGCUGAUUGUCGUAGUCGAAACCACUGCUGCUAUGGGGCCGUAUUGGCAAACCAUUCUUUCGGAUUAUCUCGAUAAGAUAAUCAGGUCUUUGGGUGGAAAUGACACAAUUGGGCAGAAGCCUUCAACUUCCAAUGUUGAGUUUGCAUUAGUUACCUUUAGUACUCGUGGAUGUUAUUCUGGUAUUGUUGCGCAACGGACUGGCUGGACAAGUGACCUUGAUACAUUCUGGAAAUGGCUUUCAUCUCUGUCCUUUGGUGGUGGUGGUUUUGAUGAUGCUGCAAUUGCAGAAGGGCUCUCUGAAGCUAUCAUGAUGUUCCCCACUUCUCAAAAUGGAAGGCAAAGUCAACAGAACGUGGACUUGCAAAAGCACUGCAUUCUUGUUGCAGCAAGUAAUCCCUACCCUUUGCCGACACCAGUUUAUGUACCGCGACUGCAGAAUUUAGAUCAAGGUGAAACCGUAGAAUCAGACACAGGGAAUCUUCUACAUGAUGCUGAAGCUGUUGCUAAAGCAUUUCCUCAGUGUUCUGUUUCUCUAUCUGUUAUCUGUCCAAAGCAGCUUCCCAAAGUUAAAGUCAUUUACAAUGCGGGGAAGCGAAACAGCUGUGCAGCAGGUCCACCUGUUGAUACAAAAAACACCCAUUUUCUUGUUUUAAUAUCUGAAAGUUUCAGGGAAGCCUGUUCUGCUUUGAGUCGUUCUGGAAUCACAACCUCACCUUCAAAUCAAAGUCCUGUGAAGGUGGAUGCAGGCCCUGUUGCACCAGUUACCGGGACAGUACCUACUUCUAUGCCACAAGUUAAUGGAUCUAUCACAAACCAGCAACCAAUUCCCGCUGGGAAUAUGGCCCCUGCUACUAUAAAAGUGGAGCCCGUUCCUGUUACUUCCAUGGUAUCAGGACCUACUUUUCCUCAUAUGUCAUCAGUUCCACGUGCUCCUAAUCAAGCUGUCCCAAGCUUGCAGACUUCAUCUCCAUCUUCUGCUUCUCAAGAUAUUAUGCCAAGUAAUGAAAAUACACAGGAUGUAAAGCCCGUGAUGCCAGUGUCACAGGCCCUGCGUCCAGUGGGUCCUGCUCAAGCAAAUGUCAACAUUCUUAACAAUCUUUCUCAAGCACGACAGGUCCUAAGUGGAGGAACCUCAAUGGGACUUCAGUCAAUGGGUCCAACUCCCGUGGCUAUGCCCAUGUCAAACAUGAUAUCCAGUGGAAUGGCGUCUUCUGUACCAGCAGCUCAAAAUGUAUUUUCAUCUGGACAGUCAGGCAUAAAUUCAAUAACUAGUUCUGGAUCUCUUACUGGUCCUGUGCAGGUUGGAGCAAACUCAGGUCUUGGUUCAUUAACUUCAGCCAUAUCAAAUAUGUCUGGAAAUUCAAAUAUUGGGAGUUCACAACCAUUGGGAAAUCUGCAAGGUACUGUUAGUAUGGGUCAGCCAGGGUUAGCCAUGAGCCAAGGAAACAUUGCAGGAGCACAGAUGGGAGUUAACACGAACCAAAAUGUGAUGAGUGGCCUUGGUCCAUCAGUUGUCUCUUCUGGCACUGGUACAACGAUUCCUACUCCUGGAAUGUCUCAGCAAGUACAACCGGGGAUGCAACCACUUGUUGUGAAUAAUGCAGCAGUUAAUAUGCCUUCACAGCAACAGACCUCACGUGCUGUGCAACUUACACAAUUAAAAUAUGUGAAGGUUUGGGAGGGGAUUUUAUUUGGGCAAAGACAAGGACAGCCCCUAUGUAUCACCAGACUAGAGGGUUAUCGGAGUUUUUCAGCUUCAGAAUCGCUUGCGUCAGACUGGCAACAAACAAUGCGAAUAGAUCGUCUUAUAUCUCAAGACCACAUGAAUAACAAGCAAUACGUUGGGAAGGUGGAUUUCCUAGUUUUUCGGGCUUUGAACCCGCAUGGGUUUCUUGCUCAGCUUCAGGAAAAGAAGCUGUGUGCCGUUAUCCAAUUACCCUCACAGACGUUGCUACUAUCUGUCUCUGACAAACCCUGCCGCUUGAUUGGGAUGCUUUUUCCUGGGGACACGGUGGUAUUUAAGCCACAAUUGUCCAGCCAGCAGCAGCAACAAAUGCAGCAACAGCAGCAGCAUCAGCAGAUGCAAUCGCAGCAGCAUCUUCAGCAGCAGCCGCAGCAGGUUGCUCACAUGCAGCAACAGCAACUCCGUCAGCUACAACAACCACAACAGCAACAACUUCCCCCGGUGCAGCCGCAACAACUCUCCCAGCUGCAACAGCAGCAGCUCCCGCAACUGCAACAGCAACAACAGCCGCUUUCACAACUGCAGCCGCAGCAGCAGCUUCCUCAACUUCAGCAACUGCAACAUCAGCAGCAGAUUCCUCAGCAACAGCAAAUGGUUGGUGCAGGGAUGAGUCAAGGAGCGUAUGUUCAAGGUCCGGGACGGUCACAACUGGUAUCUCAGGGACAGGUAUCAUCGCAAGGUGCACCCAACAUGGGUGGAGGGGGAUUCAUGAGUUAGCUCCGUUCUGCAUAUUGUUCCUCCACAAUCUAUGCCAAGAUUAUAUGAGAGUCAUGAUGUAUGAGUCUGAACCUCCGAAUGCUGUUGAAAAAAUUGAUCACUUGGCAGUUUUAGAGAUAGGUUGAGUUUCAAAUUGCAGAUAGUGUAGCCUUGUGAUUAUUUAUUUUGCUAAUGAACCGUAAAGAACCAUGCAGGAGGCUUUAUAUUGUUAUAAGAAUUAAUGUUAAUAUCGGAAUGCAAGUUUGCUAGCUAGAUACUGUGGCAUAGGUUGCCCUUUCCCCCCGUUUAUAUGGGCAUAUAUUUGGGUGGUGAUGUUUUUUUUUUC